CUCGACUCAACUCGCUCCCUCUCCGCCCUCGCUGCCCGCCCGCCAGACAUCCCGCUGAGUGUUUCCCUCGCCUGUUUCGCUGCCCCGUCCCGUCCUGCUGAGUGUUGUACGUGCCUCCCAGCCCCCCGUUCCGUUGACCCGGGUCGUUGCUGGGGAACUGCCCUCGUCCCCCGUCAAUACGCACACACACACACAGAGAGAGAGAGAGAGAGACACAUUCAUAUAUCUGCCUCUGCACGGCACUCUGAUUUGUCAUCGUAGUCCUGUGUUGCUGGCUUGUUGUGAUAUUGUCACCCAUUCAAACCGAGGACAAAAAUCUGUUCCAACCUUCGUCGAAGAACCUCCUGCGAAUUAGACUCUUUCUUUGCCAGCACAAACGCGUUGUGUAUUGUUCGGUGUUCAAGGGGUUAUCAGUAUGGCUGCUACGUUGAGCGGGACGUAUACCUCCGCUCCCGACACACCGUCCCCGGUAUUCCCUGAUCGACUGAUCCGGCCAUUGCCCAAACGCCCAAUACGCUCUCGCAUAUCCCCCGAAGUUGCCGAGUCGAUCCUCUAUCCCCCUGCCCCCCCAGCCACCCAGCUUUUCUACGGUGCUUAUGCGGGCAAUGGAGACGUGAACGACGCCAAGGUCUUUGUUCAACGAAAUAGUUAUGGCUUCGAGCCCAACCCCGACGAUCAUCAUAUCUAUGAAGACGGUGUCGAGUCCGACGAGGACGGCCCCGUUGUUGUUCGACGCAGCGUCGGCCUGGACAGAUCCUCGCUACCACACUCGGAAUACGUAAAGCAUAUGGGAACUCCAUCCAAAUCCAGCUCGAAUAGUCUCGAUGGCUACGAUGCGUUCGAGAAUACGAACAAUAAAAAGAAGAGGAAAAUACCCACCUCAGGGAGCUUAGGCUGUCAUUCAAUUUCCGCCGAUAUCCUGAAUAUGAGCCCUUCCAGUCCAAACGGCACAAGCACGGGGAUCUUAGAAGAUAACAGUGCGACUGGCUCCUAUUAUGGGUCUGGAAACCCCGUCUCUCCAGCUGGCUCUGGCAUCUCCGGGUCCGGACGCGGAAGAUUUGGUCGCAACGCCGCUCGUUCUGCUGCGGGCCGGGUUCCCCUCGCCAAUUAUUCCAGUAACUGGCUGGGAAAUCGACCUCCGGGGAGCCGUCGAGAGCCAUCUCACCUCGGCCAAGAACAGACUGGCUCGGCGAAAAAUCCAGAUCAGGGAAUAAUCUCAACUGCUAUAGCCAACGCAGCAGCUUUUCCGUCAUCGUCACCAAAAAGCCAAGGGAACAUAAGCUUAUUAGACGAAUCGGCCAAGCCUACACCCGCAAAAACACAAUUCACCUUUACGUGUGAGUCGGAUUCAUCGAAAGGAAUGGCGUCUUGGCAAACGCAAAAUCCGUUCCCGAUUCCACAGCAACAUCGGCCGGCCUCUCAACCAGCCCCCGGGCCAGCUUCGGGACAAAGAAGAUUCUCAACCCAAGGAACACAAACCAGCCCAAACAUGGCAUCCCAGACGAACCCGCAAAGCCAAGCUGGGGCUACGCCGCCACAUCCUGCUCAGACUUCCCAACCCCCAGCUCAGGGAAAGAAACCCCGUCGCUCAGCCCGGAGUAUAUACGCGUUUGCUGCACGUCAGCGUCGGAUACAACAACAAUACACGAACCUACACCACCCGCCCAACCUUGAAGAUAUUUGGAUCUGUGAAUUUUGCGAGUAUGAGAGCAUUUUUGGGCACCCUCCGGAGGCCUUGAUUAGGCAAUACGAGAUCAAAGAUCGAAAGGAGCGGAGGCGAUUGGCAGAGAAACGAAGAUUGCUGGAAAAGGCGAAGAUGAAAGGACGCAAGGGCAAAAAGGCGCCGAAAAAUGCUGCGAAGAAUGCGGCGGCUCAGCAACCUGCUUACCAUCAGAACUAUGACCGACAGCAGAUGCCGGAUCAGCUUGCUGAAGGACACGGGGGUCAGGAUGAAGACUAUGGAGGAACUAUGGAAGGUGACGAUUAUGACGAGCAAGCUCCACCACCUCCCCAGCACCAGCAAUCUGGCUCAGUACAGCAACCGCCGGCGCUUGAUCCAGGUAAUCCUACCCAGGCGAGUUCACAAUCAAGUACUGGCCUAGGUGGGGGAGGUCCGGGGCGUGCCGGAUGA